AUGGUUUCCCAAGUGUGUCAGAACUACCACAAGGACUGUGAGGAUGCUGUUAACAAGCAGAUCAACCUGGAGCUCUGUUCCUCCUAUGUUUACCUCUCCAUGUUCUCUUACUUUGACCGGGAUGAUGUUGCCCUGCAACACUUUGCUGAGCUCUUCAAGGAGCAGUCCCAUGAGGAACAGGAACACUCUGAGAAACUGAUGGCAUUCCAGAAUAAACGUGGGGGCCGAGUCCUCCUGCAGGACAUCAAGAAGCCAGAGCAGGAUGAGUGGGGCAAUGGUCUGGAAGCAAUGCAGAGAGCUCUGCAGAUGGAGAAGGAUGUGAACCAGAGUCUGCUGGAUCUGCACAAACUCUCCUCUGGCAACACUGACCCUCAAUGUCUCAUUGGAAUAAGCAGCUGCAGGAAAUCUCAGGUUUGGCUGCACCUGGGGGAAGAACUGUUCAGUCCCAAGACCUGA